AUGGCUCAGCGGUCGUAUCCCUCUCCAGCAACUCAAUUUGACAUGGGAAGCGGUUUUGUGAACUAUGAUGUUUGUGGAGAAGAUGAAGUGGUUUAUGAAAGGCGUGAUGCUGCCAGACCGACUUCUGCAAGAGGUUUUAAUGUUUACUAUGAUGCUGAUGUUGAAGAUCCUGUCGACACUCUUUCGCAAAACUAUCCCUUUGAACACUGGCUUACUACCCCUAAGGGGGUUAACUACUAUGUUAAGUCCACAAAGUUUGAACAAGAUUAUCCCUUGGAUAGCCGCGAGCGUCUUAUAAUUGAGGAAAGAGUUGAGAGAGAAUACUUUGGUAUUCUUCGCCAGAAUUGUCAGUUUGAGAUGCAGGGACGCCAAUGGAGAUAUAUCAGAGAAACACCUCACUGUGAUAUGUUUAGGAAGUUUGAUUCAGUUCGUUGA